GUGCCUUGCAACAAGAAAACAAAGCACGAUGCCCCUGCCGGACAAGACCAAAGGAGUUCCAGUUCAUCUGGUUCCCCAAAACAGUCAGGGAACGAGUGCAGAGAAGCCAUCACAAACCAACAUCAGGCCGAACCAAGGAGUAGGGCGCGAAAGAGGAGUUCGAAACGAUCCAGAUUGAGGAGUCCAGAGAGAGAUACGUCGACCGAGAUACAAGAGCCAGGAGAUACUGAAACAAUCAUUCACUACAAGUGCAACAACUUCUACUUAACCCAAAGCCCUUUGACUUUCGGUGACAGUACAGGAAACGCAUUUAACUACGACAUGUCAGCUAAACUUUACGGAACAAAAGAAGGGACAAGAGACGAUGAUCAAACACGAAAUUUGCUGGAAACAAUUCGAGGCCUGGUGGAAGCCAAGGAGCCGGGAAUGACGUCACUGGAAGACAUCUGCAGAGAGUGUGAUGCGGCGACUGUUGGCGUCGAGAAGGGUUGCGUCAAAGUCACCUUUCGUUUCAAAAGUAAAGAUGGCCUCCAGAGAUUCUGGGCCAAGUACUCAAGCGGGGAGCUCCAGCAACGUCUGAAGGCGGACUUGCCCAUCGAAAAGGUGGAGAUGUCGGCAGAUGAUUACACCAGAGGCUGUGAAUUCUUUGAAGGGUCAGGAAGAAGGAAACAACAAGCUCAAAUGCAUAGCCAACCUGACUCGAGACUCAGUUUGGAUUUAGUGCAGAAUGCAAUAGCCAAAUACGUUCGACAUCGGGAGAAAACAUUAAAAGUUCUCCUUGCCUGGGCACAAGACUAUGCAAAUCCAUGGGCAAAACUGACAAAGGUGAUAAGAGCACUCGUUCCUGUUUUGUGGGUUAUUUUUUUCCUGAUUGAGGUGUUGUCAUGGCUGUACCAAAGCGAUGAAUCUUACCACGAGGAAACGUCCGUCGUAGCUGUCUCCGUGAUUUUCGGCGUUGUAUCCCAGAUAGUGACGUUGUGCAUGUUCGAUUUGCGUUUGUCACACUUUUAUUUACGUUCUACUGUGCUUUGUGUUGUCACAAUGGCGUCGGGAGGCUUCUGGGCAUUGUCUUUGUCAGUUAUGGUUAAACUCACACUCAUAGGUUGA